CCUCGGGGCGGGCGCGGUAUAUCGCUGGAAGGCAGCACACAGUGUGGUUGAGUGUGAACGCUAGCAACCGGCUACUCGCACUUCACGCUUAAAUUUUUUUGCUAGUCUCAUCUGCCGCGUGUGACUCACCUCCUACGACAAGAACAAUGGCGGACGGCGUGAAGAGGAAUAUCCCCAUCAAGCUGGGAGACUUCAGCGUCAUUGACACAGAAUUCAGCAGCAUCCGCGAAAGAUUUGACGCCGAGAUGCGCAAAAUGGAGGAAGAGAUGGCGCGAUUCAGGUCCGAACUGAUGAACCGGGAGUCCAACUUCUUCACGAAGAGCACAACCAGCCAGCACUCGGAGACCAAGACGACGAGCAGCAGCACCGCCUGGGGGGAGCCACCGGCCGACUUCUUCUCCUCCUCCAACUUCAAGAGCACGACCUCCUCGACCGACGUCGCAUCUUCCCCGCGCACGUGGCUGGACGGCUUCAACUCACCCCUGAUCCAGGAUGAAGGCCAGAGCAAAGUUCUCAAGCUGCGCUUCGACGUCAGCCAAUACCAGCCGGAGGAGAUCGUUGUCAAGACGGUGGACAACAAACUGCUGGUUCACGCCAAGCACGAGGAGAAGACUGAAAGCAAGUCAGUGUACAGGGAAUACAACAGAGAAUUUAUGCUUCCAAAAGGCACAAACCCAGAGAGCAUAAAGUCAUCACUCAGUAAGGAUGGUGUGCUUACUGUUGAAGCACCCCUUCCUGCACUUGCAGAAGGUGAAAAGCUGAUCCCUAUUGCUCAACAAUAAGGUCCUAUGUGGCACUGGGCAGCAGUUUUUAAGUGGCAGCAAAUUUAAGUGGGCAGCACAUCUGACACUUUCAAGUCUUGCGUCAAGAUUACUUUGCAAUUUGAGUUCAUUCUACAAGUGUCUUUUAUAUCUUCCAUAGCUACUGGUUAUACAAUAAAACAGCUUGUCUCAUUUUUACAAUGUAAAUGUUAUCUACUGAUUGAUGUACUAUAUUCAAAUAAAAGUCAAUUAUUCCUGACACUUCAUAAA